GCCGCUGUGUCACGUGGACUCAGCUCCCGCCGCCACCGCCUCCGUCGUCUUUCUCUGUCUCCACUGAGGCAGCCAUCUUGCUCUUGCCGCGUGCUGGUGUUUGAGGACCCUCCCUGCUUCAGAUUUACCACAGCAUGAAUCAAGAAAAGUUAGCCAAACUUCAGGCUCAGGUCCGGAUAGGGGGCAAGGGUACAGCUCGCAGAAAGAAGAAGGUGGUACAUAGAACAGCUACAGCUGAUGACAAAAAACUUCAGAGUUCUCUAAAAAAACUGGCUGUGAAUAAUAUAGCUGGUAUUGAAGAGGUAAACAUGAUUAAAGAUGAUGGAACAGUUAUUCAUUUCAACAAUCCCAAAGUCCAAGCUUCCCUUUCUGCCAACACCUUUGCAAUUACCGGUCAUGCAGAAGCCAAACCAAUCACAGAAAUGCUUCCUGGAAUAUUAAGUCAGCUUGGUGCUGACAGUUUAACAAGUCUUAGGAAGUUAGCUGAACAGUUCCCUCGGCAAGUGUUGGAUAGCAAAGCACCAAAACCAGAAGACAUUGAUGAAGAGGAUGAUGAUGUUCCAGAUCUUGUAGAAAAUUUUGAUGAAGCAUCAAAGAAUGAAGCUAACUAAAAUUUUUUCUGGUUUUUGGAAGCUGGCAUGGACUAGAUUUAACAUCAGCUAUGUGGUUCCAAAGUUUUACAGACACGGAGAAUAUCAACUGUUACUAGUUCAGUAAUAUAAAUAUUUUGUAUAUUAAUAAUGCUGUUUGUUCAGCAUUUUUCGGUCAUAUGAUUUUGCAUUUUGCACUUCCUCCCAGGAUCUACUCUUUUGGUCAAAAUAAGAAGUAUUGGUGCAGCUUGAGGGUGUCUUGAUUUUUGAUUCUUGGUUUUUUGUUUGGGGUAUUUUUGGUGUGUGUAUGUUUGUGUGUGUGUGUGUGUGUGUGUGUGUGGGUAUGUGUAUAUACAGUGGAGAGCAAAUUGGAAAACAGUUCUAUUUAUCCUCCUUCCCCCAGUAGAAAUAAAACAAAUCUUUACAUUUGUUACUUUUAAUUUUUUUCUAAUGCAUAAAAUUAAUGAAAAGUGAAUUAAUCUUGGAUUUCAAAUCUGAUGAGAUUUUAUCCUUGAAGGUUUGGUUUUUAUUUGCUUGGUUAACACAUUUUUCAUACAUUUCUCUGGGUUUAAAAUGUCUUGAGAUAUUUUCACCAGCUUCCUGCUGGUGAAAUAGGUAGCAUAUCUUUGGUACAACUGCCUUAGAUUUCACUUACCUAGUCAGACCCAGAAGUAGUUUUUUUUCUAAACGCCUUUUUUCCUCCUUUUGACCUCCACAUGGCCUGGUCCAUCUUUGGAAAUGCUCUUCCUCAUCUUCCUCCUAGCCUCAGAAGAAUGUUCUCCAUAUAGAGUUAAGUGAGUGCCUAAUCCCUCUUUUUUGGGAUUUUGUUCCCUAUCUUAAGGAAUAAUGCUUCAUCUUCAACUUUUUAUUUCCCCCUUGGUUUUACAGUUUGGUAGAUUUCAAACUGGAAUAGCUAGCAUGUGCUUGCUAAAUAAUUUUAUGCCAGCCUUAUCCUGUAUCCUAGCUGUUCUUAAUAGCAGGUGCAAAAAUGCCUUUUUUUAAAGCAAGGUUAGAAUUGGGAAUGUCCUUUUGAAUCAUGAAAAAAAAUAGGCCAUAUACUCAUCCCCCAGCACCAAAGGGUGUUUUGUGAAGAGUUAUUGGCCCAAGGAGGAUUUCUUCAACCACUCUCCUACUCUGGCCUUGAACCUACCUCUAGAUUGGAUCUUAUUAUUGCUGCUCACAGCAUCCUCCUGCAUGCUUACUAGAGUAAUGCUUUGGGGAGAACACUGGUAAAACACAGUAUUUAAUUGUCACCUCCUUUUAGAGGACUUGGAGGUAAGUUGCAUUCAUUAAAGUUUCCCUCUUGAUGUCUAAUGAUAAAAGCUUGCAUUUUGCUACAUCAGCAUUUAUUUUAGCCAAUAUUUAAGGAUAAGAUUUAGAAAAUCUAUCAUUUCCUGGCCCAACAUCAAACUAACUGGGGCUUAACCUCACAGCCUAUAUCAGCUUUGUUUCAAGCUAGAUAUCUUUAUUUGACAUCUAAAGUGCAAGACCAAGAACAUACCAAGCAAUCUGUAAACACAAAGGCAAAGCUCUUGUGUUUUAUCGUCCAGACACCUCAAUUUAUUUUAUAAAUUUGUUCAUUUUCCUGUUAUGUUUUAUAUAAUAUAUAGACUUAACUACAAAAUAAAAUAAUGAGAGGAUAUUUCCUCUUCUCUUA